ACAUGACGAGCAUGGGUACCACCCCUUAAGCACACAAUAUAUAAGCUCCAUUUGAAGUCGAACUUUACAAACAGUUGUGGAUUGUCAGGUCAGGAGGACCAAAUCAGAUCUCUCUGUGUCUGUAGCGAAUUGAUCAUCGAAGGUGAUGUUGCGAGAGAGAGUCAGAAGAAGUUUGUUGCCUCCCGCUAAAGAGAAUGUUGAGAAGUUAGCAAAAGUUGUAGAGGAUGGUAACUGCUAUGGAGCUCAACAGAUGUAUAAAUCUAUUAGUGCAAGAUACAUAUCUGCUGAGAGGUACUCUGAGGCCCUAGAUCUUCUUCACUCAGGUGCUUGCCUUCAGUUGGAACAUGGACAGGUUACUUGUGGUGCUGAGCUUUCUGUUCUGUUUGUGGAAACACUUGUUAAAGGGAAAUUUCCUUAUGAUGACGUUACUCUUGACCGUGUCAGGAAAAUCCUUAAGAAGUUUCCCCAAAUUCCCGUGCCACAACACUUGGACUUGACGGAUGAUGAUGACAUGCAGAAGCUUUCGGAAGCUCUUGGGGAAGCAAAAAUACGUGUGGAGGGUUGCUCAUCAUUUUUAAAAGCUGCUAUUAAGUGGUCUGCAGAAUUUGGGGCUCAUAGGAAUGGAUCUCUUGAACUACAUGAUAUGCUAGCUGAAUACAUAUAUUCUGAAUCCCCAGAGGUGGACAUGACAAGAGUAUCUUAUCAUUUUGUUAGAGGGAAACACCCUAAAACGUUUGCAUCAACUCUUGUUAAUUUUAUGGGCAAGUGUUAUCCAGGUGAGGACGAUUUAGCCAUUGCGCGGGCCAUUUUGAUGUAUUUAUCUCUUGGCAAUCUGAGAGAUGCUAAUUAUCUUAUGGAUGAACUAAAAAAUCAAGUGAGAGACAAGGAGCUUAACCUCCCCAGAUCAGAUUUGAUGCAGUUCAUCAAUUAUCUUUUGCUGACGUUGCAGAGAGAUGCUCUGCCUCUGUUUAAUGUGUUGACACAGACUUACAAAUCUGCCAUUGACCGAGAACCUGUAUUCUAUGAGUUGCUAGAGGAAAUUGCGGGGAUUUUUUAUGGAGUACAGCGUAGAAAUCCCAUGCAAGGGAUGUUUGGAGAUUUCUUUAAGAUGAUGGGAGGUGAUGGAAUGUGACAGACCAGUUCAAUCGUUUAGUACUUUGAAUGAUAUGCAACGAUGCUUCCAAUGUCCUGUAAGAUCAGCGCUUCCAUACAAACUUCAGAAAGUGUUUUCCGAAAGCUCUAAUUUGAUCUGUCGACUGGGGAGAGCGGUGCAAUACUUGAAGAGAACUGUAACAGAAAUAAAGCCUUCAAUUUGUGCUUGUAUUAUAAGAAAAUCUGCAGUUUAUUAGUUUAUUUUUGUUGCUAAUGUUCCUUCGAUGCGAACUGAAACCUUAUCUGACAGUUUUUGUCUGAACGAAGGACCAGUGCAUCAAUUUUUCUUCGCUUUGAGAACAUCUAAUUGUUGAAAAAAUUUCAUUAUAUUUAUUAUGCAAUUAUAUAUAAUCUCUUAAAUGUGUUUGUGCCCUA